AUGGUGGGGGGGACAACUGAGAGCGAUGGUGAUGACGGACGAGAGACGCCGUCGUGGAGAUCCAGUUGGACGCUCUCCCGUGGUUCUCUCCGGGAUACGAUCUGCGUAGAGACCUCCGAGUCGAUCUUAGAAGAUGCUGGAGUCGUCGACGGGGACGGCGCCGUCUGUGUCUCCGGAGGCCAGCUUCUGACAAGGCCGGUUGGUCGGGAGUCCGAUCCGUGCGAAAUCACCGGUAGGUGCGCUUGUACAUCAUGAUCACCUCCGGAGUUCUUGAUCUCGCUACUUUUUCCUCUUCUACUCUCCUGUUAAUGCCUUUCCCUGAGAGAGAGCUCGGCGGAGUUAGGGUAUACCGAACGUUAUCGCGAUCGAUAACAGCCGAGUACUGAAGGGGUUGGGAUUUCUUCUUGAAUCUGCUGUUGCUAUUUCUGCUGAUGUCUCCCAACCCCCCGCACCAUCAUCACCUCUUUUUCUGCUCAUCAAUUAGUCAUGCUAGGGAUUUUCUUAUUCAACUGGCAGCUGAGAUCCACCUUAGUCCUUCGAACAAUUCUCAUUUUCUUGAUCCUUAUUUUGGCGGUAUUGCCUAUUCUUCCCGUCACUUCUGGGAAAUUCAGGGUUCUCUGCCACCUAUCCAUUAUACUUCGUCCAUCUUUCGAAGAUGAAGUAAGAAUCUGCCUUCUCCUAGCAUUAGGCUUCGCGUAUAUGCUACUUUCAAUAGUAUAAAGCAAUGAAGCCUGGGAUCUGUAUUGUUAUUUUAUGAUCAUCGGUGCAUAUAGUUCAUAAACCGUGAAAUCCUUUUUUUCCAUAAAGGUGCAUACACAACAUAAACGGAUCUAAAGACAUUUCAGGUAUACCCUUUAUGCGUGAUGAACAACUUCCUCUGGCCAAGACAGAUAGUAAAAGGGCAAUAUAGUGCUAGAAUUUUUUCUGGCUUUAACCUCAUUGAAUUAGGUGUUCUUAUGACUGUAGCAGUUAGGAUCUUCCCAUUAACCAUCUUAUUCAAUCACCACCAUCACAAUAUCCCAGCACCAUUUGCAAUGGAGCUGCUUUCCUUCUAGGGGGGUUGUGUUGUUGUUGGUGUUUAAUGGUACAGAAAUAAUCUACACUUCACUAUUAGUCUCCACGGUAAGAUUUGCUUUAGAUUUGUUUUAGAUUUAUUUUGAGCAGAUUUUCAAUGCAGAAGUAACCACUAAUAUGUGGUCUUGCAUGGAUCCUACUUGGCAAGCUUGAUUCCCCCUAGCAGACUACCUACUACUUGUAUUCUGCAGUCUGUUUCAGGGAGAGACAUGAAAUUCACAGGGUCUAUGUACGGAGCACGGCCCGAGUGUUUGAAAUAUAUUACGGUUUGGAAGAGCAGGACGGAGACAAUGAAUACUUAUGUACAGUGCGAUGUGGACCCACUGAAAAGGAGGUACUUCUACCCAGAUUUGACGGUGAGGAAGAACAUCUGAAGGACUCUAAUGCAUCUAUCGAAGCUCCUGGGAAGACAACUAAAGGUGAAAAUAACACAAGCAGUGAAGAAGAUGGAUGGGUCGAAGUCAAAGUUCCCGAGUCUCCUCUGCUUGGCACUGGGAGUGACCCUUUCUCUGACAAUAAAGAUGGGACUGUCAAGGCAAACGGUCAGGUAAUUUAAACUUCUUCCCUGAAUUGUCAAUUCAAAUAUUUCUUGCGCUUUAAGAAUAUGAUCUGAUUGGCAACGAACGGCUGCAGAUUUAUUUUGAGGCAACUGCAGAAAUUUCAGAUGCAAGUCCUUGCAUGUCCCUGAAAAUCCGUCUGUUGUCUCUCCAAGCCAAAGAAUGGAUUCACAUAGAGGAAGUUUAUAUCUAUGCAGACCCAGUCGAAUCUACAGAUUCAAGGCCUCCAUUGAGCAAGGGAGAAGACAUGGCUGGGAAUUCUCUCUUGGCCAUGCUUGUUCCUGGUAUUCUGCAACUGUCAAAGCCAGGGAGCAGUAGAGUGCACGAUACUGCUGCUUCUUUCAGCUCUGCUGUGCAGAAACAUGGAAAUAAUGGAACAAAAGGAAUUGAGGAAAUGAAACCUGAAACGGCAAAAUCAGGAUUGCAGAAAAUAUGCUCCACUUUGGAAGGGCAAGAGCACAAGCCAACUUUGGUGCCAAUUGAAUCCAGUGAAAUAAUCACACGGUUGACAACUGAGAAUUCAGGUCUCCGACAUGUACCUGGAUCUUCUCCUGAAAAAGAUAAUGGAAUUUCUUGUCUUGAAAAAAAAUUGGAUGAGAUUGUUUCGAGAAUGGGAAGAAUGGAAGAUUACCUUUCGAGAUUUGAAGAGAACAUCCUGAAGCCUCUCAGUUGCAUCGAUACAAGGCUUCAGCAAGUGGAACGGCAAUUAGAUGCACUUUCCUCGAGGGGAGGGUCUUCCAGACCAUUGGAUUGCUCCAGGAUUUCAGCACCAGAGUUUCAAAUUGAUGAAUGUGAUUCUGACGGAGGCUUUGGUCUUCCAGAUUUAUCCAAUGAAGAUGCCACCGUCAGCAGCCUCAAUCCGACCAAGGAAGGUGAAACUGUUAACACCCCGGAGGUGGUCAAAGAAUACGUCACUGUCGAUGAUCAACAUGUAGGCGAAAAGCUGCCAAAUGGUAAUCCGGUGUUGGCAGCUGCUGGUGGGGAAGGAUUUCCCUCUGCUUCGAUAUGUCCAGGUUUGCUCAUAAAAGCACCAGAUUUUCCUAACGAAGAAGAUGAACAUGUUAGCAGCAGUGACAUUUCUGGAUCAGCUGUGAUUGCUUUUACUAAAGUCAGAGCACCCUUCUCAAUUGAUGACGCAUUAACUUCAGCGCUUGAGGCAUUCAUGCUGUCAGGAUCCACCAACUCUCCCAAAAAUAAGAUCGAUUCAGACCUUACGUCCCAAGCUUCAGAUGAGGCCGAUCAUAACCCUAGUCUGGAUGGAAAUUUUUCAACGGGCAUUGGAGGCCAAAUUAAAGACACAAUCGUCAAUGAAACCAACGGAGUGCAUAGUGUCGAUUUGGUAUCAGCCCAACGAGGUAAAGGGCAAGAGGCAAGUCACCUCCAGCAGUGGUCCCGGGGCAUUUCUGGAGGUUUGGUCUCUGAAGAAGACGUAUCUAACGACCAGUUUUUGGCGGAUGAUGUUGAGAGGGAGAGUGGAAAUGGAUGGGGUGACGAUGUUAGAAACAGAGAGGAUGCUCUAGCAGAAUUCCCCUGUCCAACCAGAGGCUGGAAGAAGUGGGAUGGCAGUGGUAGCUCAGACUCGACCAUUGAUGCAAAUGAAACUGAAAACCUUUCCAACAUGGAUUUGUCGGGUGAAAACAGCAUGGAUUUAGCAAACCAGCUCCACACCCUCCAUAAUCAAUUUAACGUGCACGAGGAUGAUUAUGAAUUAGGAAUCGAGAGACUGAAGGGAGCAGGGGUCUGCGAUGAUCCCAACUCUGUCUCCGGUGAUAGACCCAUGGAACAUACCCAGGACCAGUCAAAGGAGGUGACCCAGCAGAUUUUGAACGCUUUUCUGGGUAGUGUAUUUAAGGUGGAUAGUCAACAAGUGUCACACACUUCUCAGGAGGAAUCAAUUUUAGAUGUGAAAUUUGUUAGACAUGAGGAAUCAGAAGGUAGCUUUCACUUUGAUGCCCUGGUAAUGGAUAUGGCGGACCCGGGUGUUCCAGCUGAUGACAGUAUGUGUCUCAAUGGAGUUGGAACUGCAAAGCAAUAUGAUUCAGGUUCCGCAGAGAUUACAGAUUUGGGUGCUUCUCCUACCGGUGAGUGCUUACUAAUCGAUUUGGAGGUUGCUGUGAAUGAUGACAGCCCAGCCAUGGAGGGAAGCCACAAUCAGCAACCGUUAUCCAGCUUAAUAUGA